AUGGCAGAUUUCCUCCACGGCCCCCUUGAAAUAGUUUUCGGAGCUGGUCCUUUCGGCCAGCUCAAGUUUGCAACAAUACGAGGCCUAUAUGGAGUUUCUGGUGGACCGAUUGAUCUUUCACUCAUCUUGAUGCAAACCGAGUAUGGAGCCUGUAAGGACUUUGAUUUCGCCAAGUACCUGCCAAUCGGAAGGGAGUAA